AUGGCAGCAGUUCCCUUCGAUCAGCUUGACGGCGACAUCUGGAUGAACGGCGCGUUCGUGCCGUGGGCGGAUGCAAAGAUUCACGUGCUGACGCAUGGCCUGCACUAUGCAAGCUCGGUAUUCGAGGGCGAGCGCGCCUAUGGCGGCCGGAUCUUCAAGCUGACCGAACAUUCCGAGCGGCUGGUGGAAUCGGCGCGCAUCCUGGGCUUCGAAAUCCCCUACACCGUCGCCGAGAUCGACGAUGCCUGCAACAAGACGCUGGUCCGGCAAGGCUUCACCGAUGCCUAUGUCCGUCCCGUCGCCUGGCGCGGUUCGGAGAUGAUGGGCGUUUCGGCACAGAAGAACCGGAUCAAUCUUGCGAUCGCCGUGUGGGAAUGGCCGAGCUAUUUCGACCCCGCCGAAAAGCUCAAGGGCAUCCGCCUGGACAUGGCCGAGUACCGCCGGCCCGAUCCGGCGACCGCGCCGUCCAAGUCCAAGGCUGCCGGCCUUUACAUGAUCUGCACCAUCUCCAAGCAUGCCGCCGAGGCCAAGGGCUAUGCCGAUGCGCUGAUGCUGGACUGGCGCGGGCGCGUCGCCGAGGCCACCGGCGCCAACGUGUUCUUCGUCAAGGACGGCGAACUGCACACGCCGGUGCCCGAUUGCUUCCUUGACGGCAUCACGCGGCGCACGGUGAUCGAUCUGGCCAAGCGGCGCGGACUGACCGUCAACGAGCGGGUGAUCAUGCCCGAGGAGAUGGCCGGGUUCGAGCAGUGCUUCCUGACCGGCACCGCCGCCGAGGUGACGCCGGUCUCCGAGAUCGGACCCUACAGCUUCGCCGUCGGCGAGAUCGCCAGGACGCUGAUGGCGGACUACGAGGCCGAGGUGAUGCCGGCGACGGCCGUCGCCGCCGAGUAA